ACUGUAGGUAUCGGGGGUACAUUAUCGUUUUGACUUUUUUGUUUUACACCGGCUAUCACUUGUCAAGGAAGCCCCUCAGUGUGGUAAAGGGUCAGCUGCAUCGAAAUUGCUCUGAAUUUCCCCAACCCUCCAGCAAACCUCUCUGAAAAUGACACCACAUGGUGUAACUGGGCUCCGUUCGAUGGUCCCAAUUACAAAGAACUUCUGGGGUCUCUGGACACGGCGUUUCUAUUUUCGUACGCCAUUGGCAUGUUCCUAAGUGGUAUCUUUGGCGAACGCCUUCCGUUGCGCUAUUAUUUGUCCGGUGGUAUGUUCAUCUGUGGUGUGUUCACAAUUUUCCUGGGACUGGGCUUUUAUUGGAACAUUCAUGCCCUCUGGUACUAUAUCCUCUUCCAGAUCUUAAAUGGUCUGGCUCAGACUACGGGAUGGCCAUCUGUAGUAGCCUGCAUGGGGAAUUGGUUUGGUAAAGGAAAGCGAGGGUUCAUCAUGGGGAUCUGGAACUCUCACACAGCUGUCGGCAACAUACUGGGCUCCCUAAUUGCUGGGGCUUUUGUCUCUUCUGCCUGGGGCUUGUCCUUCAUCGUACCGGGAAUUAUAAUCGGUGUGCUGGGAAUCAUCUGUUUCUUCUUCCUAGUUGAGUAUCCUGAAGAUGUAGGCUGUACGCCGCCAGAUCAGAACAUUGAAGAAGGGAAGGAUGAGCUGGAGAAUGUCCAUACCAUGAACAGCAGCACAGAGAACAUAUUCAAGAGAGAGUCCGGAGGGGACCUCGAGGAGUCUGGGAAUCCUCAAGAGCUGGCUGAACACCCACAUGCCAUUAGCUUCUGGGGGGCACUUACAAUCCCGGGCGUGCUGGAGUUUUCGCUAUGUCUGCUGUUUGCAAAGCUUGUCAGUUACACCUUUCUCUACUGGCUUCCGCUCUAUAUAUCGAAUGUCGCUCACUUUGAUCCCAAAAAAGCUGGAGACAUGUCCACUCUGUUUGAUGCGGCGGCAUUAUAGGUGGGAUUGUUGCCGGAGCAAUAUCUGAUUACACUGGGGGACGAGCCAUCACCUGCGCUGUCAUGCUGAUAUUUACCGCCCCGAUGUUGUUCAUUUAUAACCAGUAUGGCCAGACUGACAUUUCCACCACAAUCGCCAUGUUGAUUAUCUGUGGGGUGUUGGUGAAUGGGCCGUACUCUCUCAUCACAACCGCUGUAUCUGCUGAUCUGGGCACACACGAGUCUCUACAUGGAAAUGCUAAGGCCCUGUCCACAGUCACCGCUAUCAUUGAUGGUUCUGGAUCUAUAGGUGCUGCUCUGGGACCCCUGUUUGCCUCUCUCCUUUCCACCAAAAGCUGGAACUAUGUCUUCUACAUGCUGAUUGCUGCCGACCUCUUGGCUUGUUUGUUUCUGGCACGUCUGGUGUACAAAGAAAUUAAACAGCUCUGUCGAUGUUUCAGCAAGAACAGGGGGUAAGACA